AUGUCUCAACUUUUCGAUCCUUUGGGCCUCGUCGGACCAGUAGUCGCCAGUGCCAAAAUGUUCGUUCAGCAGUUGUGGCAGGAGAAUCUGAAUUGGGACGAUAAGCUUCCGAAUAAGUUACAAUCCUGGUGGCUGUCCUUCCGAGCAUCCAUUGGAGUCAUAAAAAAUCUUCGUGUGCCUAGAUGGGUUCUAGGCUCUCCUUCUGAUUGCUACGAUCUUCAUUGCUUCACGGAUGCUUCUGAGAAGGGAUACGGGUGCUGCAUUUACGUCGUUUCAACUGCCGGUAGUACAAAAGCUAGCCACCUUCUUAUCGCCAAGUCUCGUGUAGCUCCAGCAGGUGGGCUCAGCAUUCCACGUUUGGAACUGUGUGCUGCUGUCCUGGGAAGCCAAUUAGCUGAUAGUGUUCUCAAUUCGACUAAAUUUACUGGAAAGGUGACGUUUUGGACAGAUUCCACCAUUGUCCUUCACUGGAUAACUUCCCCACCUUCUACAUGGAAGGUAUUCGUGUCAAACCGCAUCGCAGAAAUUCAACGGCUUACUAAGAACUUCCAGUGGCGUCACAUCCCUACCACAGACAAUCCAGCAGAUCGAAUAUCAAGAGGAGCAGAGCCCCAGCAGCUACUGCAGGAUAUUCUUUGGUGGAGUGGACCACCUUGCCUGUUACUUUCAGCGGAAGAUUGGCCAGAUUCAAUUUUUGCAUUGUCACCAUCUAUGAUUGAGCAGCAAGUGACCGAACGCAAGUCAACCGUGGCCCUUCAUGUGCAUUCUCCUGAUGAUUCACUGAUCCAUGCAUAUUCAGAACUUGCUCCACUGCUGAGGAUUACAGCUUACUGCAAGCGAUUCGCAUCUAACUGUAGAGCUGCCAAACAAGAUCGUAAUUCAGGAAAGAUAACGCUACACGAAUACGAUAAUGCUCUAAAAUCGCUCAUCAGCCUUUCGCAACAAACUGCCUUCAACGUGGAGCUGCAAUACUUGCGUUGUCAAGAUGGAGGCAAACGUUCACUAAGGGAUGCUCAAUUUAAGUCGCCCAUCAAGAACCUCGAUUUGAUGUUUGAUUCAAUAGGUCUACUUCGCAUCCAUGGACGUCUUUCGGAGCUACCAGGAUCCUACGAUAGUCGUUUCCCGAUGGUCUUACCGGCUGAUCAUCAUCUCUCAAAACUGAUUGCUAGAUCCAUCCAUCAUCAAACACUUCAUGCCGGACCUACGCAACUACUCGCGACAAUCAGGCAGCGCUUCUGGCCAGUUCGUGGCAGGGACCUUGCUCGAAGGACAGUCCACCAUUGCGUGACGUGUUUCCGUUGUCGUCCAAAGUUAAGUGAGCAGUACAUGGCACCAUUGCCUGCUACGCGCAUUACACCAGCGAAAGUGUUCGAACAUACGGGGCUGGAUUACUGUGGGCCGUUUCCCGUUCGACAACUCGCGGGAAGGGGCGCUUCGGUAAAAGUCUGGGUCGCAGUGUACGUUUGUUUCGCCGUAAAAGCCGUGGUGCUAGACAUCGUCGCCGGGUUGUCAGCAGCCGCGUGUGUCAAUUCGCUUAGACGCUUCGUCAGUCGAAUCGGGCGCGUUCGUGUAAUACACUGCGAUAACAGCACCUCGUUCGUCGGCGCGUUUCGCGAAGUUAAGGAGAUGCGACAACAAUUCAUCGAACAGCUGAAAUCCAGUCAUUGGGCGAACGAGUGCUUGGAGAAAGGCAUUGAAUUCCAGUUUAUUCCCCCGCGAGCACCGUACUUCGGCGGGUUAUGGGAGGCGGCAGUGAAGGCGUUUAAGCACCAUCUAUACCGCAUCUUCACCGGGUCUUCACCGUAUCACUUGGACGAUCAUGCUUUCGUUUGA